UUUCUUACAGUACAAAAUGGCAUUUCAGAAGGCAGUGAAAGGAACUGCUCUCAUUGGAGGAGGUGCCAUAGCAACAGUUUUUGGCCUCUCUCAAUUUUCUCAGUAUAGAAACAAACACGGUACCUUUGUGCAUGUUCAAGCUGCAGAAGCUGUGCCUGUUCCAGUCAGGAGCCAAUACCCCACAAGAGAGCAACAAAUUUCGGCACUGCGAUCCACAGAUGAGUUUGACGUCCUGAUCAUAGGAGGGGGAGCAACAGGAUGUGGCUGUGCUUUGGAUGCAGUCACUAGAGGACUAAAAACAGCCCUUCUAGAAAGAGAUGAUUUCUCAUCAGGGACCAGCAGCAGGAGUACUAAAUUGAUCCAUGGUGGAGUGAGAUAUCUUCAGAAGGCCAUCAUGAAGUUGGAUUUUGAGCAGUACAGGAUGGUGAAAGAAGCACUUGAAGAACGUGCAAAUCUGCUUGAAAUUGCUCCUCACCUCGCAGCUCCUCUGCCGAUAAUGCUGCCUGUUUACAAAUGGUGGCAGUUGCCAUACUACUGGCUUGGAAUAAAACUGUAUGACCUUGUGGCUGGAAGUCAAUGUCUGAAGAGCAGUUAUGUCCUCAGCAAGUCCAGGGCCCUGGAACUCUUUCCAAUGCUACGCAAAGAUGAGCUUGUUGGAGCUAUUGUCUACUAUGAUGGGCAGGAAUUUGAUGUCAGAGCCAAAUGUGUUAUCAAUGCUACGGGACCUUUCACAGACUCUGUGCGCAAAAUGGAUGAUCAGGAGGUGCCAAACAUCUGCCAGCCCAGCGCGGGGGUGCACAUCGUCAUGCCUGGCUACUACAGCCCUGGGAAUAUGGGGCUGCUUGACCCCGCCACCAGCGAUGGCAGAGUGAUUUUCUUCCUGCCAUGGCAGAAGAUGACGAUUGCAGGAACCACAGACAGCCCCACUGAUGUCACCUCCCACCCCAUACCCACAGAGGAAGACAUAAACUUCAUUCUGAACGAAGUGCGCAACUACCUGAGCGCUGAUGUUGAAGACCCCAACUCCAAGGACACGCAGUCGAUAUCCCGGAACCACGUCGUUAACAUCAGCGACAGUGGCCUGGUGACCAUAGCAGGUGGGAAGUGGACAACCUACCGUGCCAUGGCUCAGGAUGCUGUUGAUGCAGCUAUCCAGGCACAUGGUCUGAAGGCAGGUUCCAGUAAGACCAUCGGGCUGCCGCUGGAAGGGGCUGAGCACUGGAGUCCCACUCUCUACAUUAGGUUGGUCCAAGACUAUGGACUUGAAAGUGAGGUGGCUCAGCAUCUAGCUUCAACGUAUGGGGACAAGGCUUUUGAGGUGGCCAAAAUAGCCCAAGUGACAGGGAGGAGAUGGCCUGUUGCUGGAAAACGUCUCGUGUCUGAAUUUCCCUAUAUUGAGGCUGAGGUGGUCUAUGCCGUGAAGGAAUACGCCCGCACCGCCGUGGACGUGAUCUCCCGCCGCACGCGCCUGGCCUUCCUCAACGUGCAGGCUGCAGAGGAGGCCCUGCCACGGGUCGUGGACAUCAUGGGGAAGCAACUUGGCUGGAGCGAGCAGAAAAAGAAGGAAGAACUUGAAACUGCUAAAAAAUUUCUCUAUUUUGAAAUGGGCUACAAAGUAAAAUCAGAUCAAUUAAUAGACCACUCUGAAAUCAGCCUAGGGCCCUCAGAUAUUGAGAGGUACAAGAAGAGAUUCCGCAUGUUUGACAAGGACAAGAAAGGGUUCAUUACCAUCCUGGAUGUGCAGCACGUCUUGGAGAGCAUCAGCAUGCAGAUUGCUGAGAACACACUUCAUGAUAUUCUCAGUGAAGUGGAUCUGAACAAAAAUGGGCAGGUUGAGCUCGAUGAGUUUUUGCAGCUGAUGAGUGCCAUCCACAAGGGGUACAUCUCGGAAAGCCGGCUGGCUGUGCUCAUGAAGACUGCCGAGGAGAACCUGUGCCAGAGGGGGGUGAUCCCAGUGGACCGGAGCGGUGGUGGGGUGUGA